AUGGUGCUCUCCGACUACACGUACGUCUUCGUCAUCGGGACGCUGUUCGCCAUGUUGGAUGCAUAUAACAACGGUGCCAACGAUGUGGCCAAUGCCUGGGCUACGAGUGUGUCGUCGCGCUCCAUCUCGUACCGUCAGGCCAUGAUCUUCGGGACGGUCUUCGAACUCCUCGGGGCCAUCACGGUAGGGGCCCGGACCGCGGACACAAUCAAGAAUGGCAUCAUCCCCAACUCCGCCUUCCGCGACAAUGCCGGCGUGCAGAUGUUGGCCUUCACCUGUGCCUUGGCCGCGGCCUCGACGUGGGUGAUGUGGUGCACUCGUCACUCCGCCCAUGUUUCCUCCACGUACUCGCUCAUCUCCGCCGUCGCUGGGGUUGGAGUGGCGACUGUCGGUGCAUCGCAGGUAAACUGGGGCUGGAAUGAUGGAAAGGGUCUGGGGGCCAUCUUCGCCGGGCUGGGCAUGGCACCAGUGAUCAGUGGGGGCUUCGCUGCAACUAUCUUCAUGCUGAUCAAGCUGGUGGUCCAUGCGCGCAGGAACCCUGUCCCGUGGGCGGUCUACACUGCGCCGAUUUGGUUCCUCAUCGCGGCCACCAUCUGCACGCUAUCCAUCGUCUACAAGGGCUCGCCGAACCUGGGGUUGAGCAAGAAACCUGGCUGGUAUAUCGCUGCUGUCACCAUGGGCACCGGCGGGGGAGUGGCGAUCCUGUCCGCCAUCUUCUUUGUGCCCUUCGUGCACGCCCGCGUCGUCAAGAAAGAUCCGGGGAUCAAGUGGUAUAUGUUCGUCCUGCGCCCACUACUUUUCCACCGUCCCACUCUACCGGACGCCGACUGUGCCAAGAUUCCCAACUAUGCCGUGAUCCAGGAGGAUGAGAGCCUCACAGCCGCGGGGACCCCUUCAUCGGAGGCGCAAUCCCACGAUAGUGGGUGCCACCCCUCCGAACUGACUAUCCCCGAGGCUGCCGAAUACACGGAGAAGGGCCUUGUCGGGUCUACGGCAAGGGUGUUGACCUACCAAGAGAUCAUGCAGGAGAGCGAGCGCAGGCUACAGCACCGGCUGCUGGAAAAACGCGGUCCUAUGGGCUGGGCUAUGCGCACCCUGCGCGACAAUCCUAUGGGGCCCGGUCGAAUGUACGAACUGCACAACAUAAAAACCGCUCUCACACGCCUCCCAGCCACGAUCGUGUGUGGAGCACUCUACGGCUUACACUACGACAUCCAUGCCGCCCAAUCGGGCAUCGACGGGACCCCCGAGGGGGCGCGCAUGCAGCGAGUCUACGCCCAUGCCCAGAAGUACCCCAACGAGGUUGAGCACACGUACUCAUUUGUCCAGAUUUUGACGGCAUGCACCGCCUCCUUCGCCCACGGUGCGAACGACAUCGGCAAUUCUGUGGGCCCCUGGGCUGUGAUCUACUCGGCAUGGUCGACGGGCGAUGCGGCGGCGUCCACGGCACCGGUGCCCGUGUGGCAGCUAGCCGUGCUGGCAAUCAUGAUCUCUCUGGGACUGGUGACGUAUGGGUACAACAUUAUGAAAGUGAUGGGGAAUAAGAUCACCUACCACUCGCCCAGUCGCGGUUCCUCCAUGGAGAUGGGGGCGGCCAUCACGGUGCUCGUCUUCUCGCAGUACUCGCUGCCGGUGUCGACAUCGAUGUGCAUUACGGGGGCGACGGUUGGUGUGGGCCUUUGCAACGGCACGGUGAAGGCUGUCAACUUCCAGCGGGUCGGGCUAUUGCUGCUGGCAUGGAUCAUGACCAUCCCGAUUGCCGGUACCUUGGGAGGGAUUACGAUGGGAUUGUUCCUUAAUGCUCCCCAUUUCUUGUAGUUUCUUCGUCGCUCAAGCGUGCGAUUGUUUGUUACAAAGUUGUGGCCAUGCAAAAUUGUCCGAAUGGGUCUAAUGGCUCAGUUUAUUCCAAAUGAUAUUCAC